AUGAUACUCGUUUUGGGAUUCAUUCUGGUUUUUUUCGGCUCCGCGCUCUCGCAGACUACAGUCAGUGUCAGCUCGACAGCUAGCCAUCCAAUUCCGACUACACUAUGGGGGCAAAUGUUCGAGAGUGGAGAUGGAGGCCUUUACGCUGAAUUGCUUCAAAAUCGGGCCUUUCAGCAAGUCGAUGCCGGAACCUCCGCCGCGCUCAAAGCAUGGUAUCCCGUCAACGGCUCCCUCCUUACUGUCAUCACCGAAACCGAACCGGUAUCUUCUGCCCUUCCUAACGCACUGAACAUGACUAUUGCAAGUGGUACAACUGGACCGGUCGGAUUCGGUAACAGUGGCUACUUUGGCAUAAAAUUUACGGCCGGGAACACGUAUAAUGCUUCUUUCUACUAUCGUUUCCCCGAAAGUUCUGAUUUUAUUGGAGAAGUGGAUGUCAGUAUCCAGAAUUCUGAUGGUGAUGUUUUGGCUUCGGCCCCCGUUUUGGUUUCCGGCGCCCAGACAAGCUGGAAGCAAGUCUUCAUCCUGCUCACCCCAGGUACAACACCGGAUACAACUGAUAAUGUCUUUGUCGUCACCACCGAUGGCGCAGCAGCCUCAGGCUUGACAGUCAAUUUCGCUAUGUUUUCCCUCUUUCCUCCUACUUUCAAUAACAGGUCUAAUGGAAUGCGAAAUGACAUUGCUGAAACUCUUCAAGCAAUGAAACCUUCCUUCUUCAGAUUUCCGGGAGGUAACAAUCUCGUAUAUUAUCAGGGUUCUAAUACAGCAACACGAUGGGUAUGGAACGCUACCUUGGGGCCUCUGGUCGAUCGUCCAGGUCGUUUGGGAGAUUGGGGAUAUAUCAAUACAGAUGGUCUUGGUCUGUUGGAGUACCUGUUGUGGUGCGAAGACUUGGAGAUGGAGCCCAUUAUGGCUGUCUGGGCCGGAUAUGGGCUUGGAGGGCAGUCGGUUGCAGAGGACAAUCUAGAGCCCUACAUCCAAAGCGCAAUUGAUCAGGCUCGUCUUCGUUUGACACUUAUAUAUUUUGUUAUCGGGGAUCCAGCAACUAAUGACUAUGCUGCGCGAAGGGCGGAGCUCGGACACCCCGAACCGUUCAAUCUGACUUACGUGGAAAUUGGAAACGAAGUACGACCAUGCGUUUGCGUAUUAUAUGGGUAUCGAUGGAACUUGUAUGUUACGGCUCUGCAGAGCGAAUUCCCAGACCUUCAUUUCAUCGCGACAACAUAUGCUUUCAAUCCGAUUCUCGACCCGACGCCUACAGAAUACGACCUGCAUGUUUAUCAGAGUAGCACUUGGAUGUCGGAGAAUUCGUUCUAUUAUGAUGUUUUCCAGCGGAAUGGGACCAAGUACUUCGAGGGCGAGUAUGCUACUACCACAAAUGACCAGGGAUCCACCCUUCAAUAUUCUACAGUGGAAGCUGCUACCGCUGAUGCGGUCUUCAUGACUGGAUUAGAACGAAACUCCGAUAUCGUAUUCGCCGCUUCUUAUGCUCCUCUUCUUCAACAUCCAAAUUUAGUGGUUUUUGACGCAGGAGCAGUCUACCCAAGUGUCAGCUAUUACGUCCAACAGCUUUUCAGCUUAUAUCGGGGAGAUGAAUACAUCCCUAGCACGCUUCCAACAAGCAAUGGUAACGUGUUUUGGAGCGUCGUUCGAAAGACGUCUGUCACUCCCAACGAGCUUAUCAUCAAGGCAAACCCUCUCCAGGUCAUCAACAGAAACGUCAACACAACGGAUGUGACUUUUGAGUUGCCGUUCAAUGUAUCAGACACAGCUACUGCAAUGGUGCUCACGGGGGAAAAGACGUCAGCCAACCUUCCUUCUGAUCCCGACCUUGUUCUUCCUCGAACAUCUUCCAUCUCAACCGGUUCUAUCUUCGAUUAUUCGGCUCCUGGAUUCAGUGUCAAUGUUCUGGUUCUUGACAUCGAGUAG